AUGGCGGAGGCUCACCAGGCCGUGGCCUUCCAGUUCACCGUCACCCCCGAGGGGUUGGACUUCCACCUCAGCCGCGAGGCCGUCAAGCAGUUCUACCUCACCGGCAUCUCCUCCUGGAAGAAGCGCUUGGUCCGCGCCAAGGUGGGCCGGCGGCGUGUGCCCUGUGCCGGCGCAGGGGCAGGUGCUGCCCCAUCCUCCGAGGGUUUCGCCGCGGGCAGGGGCCAGGCAGCUGCCCGUGAGCAGGGGUGUGUCCCCACCGCCAUCCCCUCUCCCCGGGCGCUGGGGAUGGUGCCGGGGCCGGAGGCGGCACUGACCCUUCCCUCAGUGGGCGCCCGGCCAGCGCCGCGUGACCGGAACGGGGCCGCGGCAGGCAGCACGCGCACCGAGCUGGCGGGCUCCCAUGGGACGUGGCCGUCCUGGCACUGCUGCAGCCGCCUCCUGACCUACGAGAGCCGGACGAUGGUGAGCGCCGCGCUCUUCUCCACCGGCGUCUGGCUCUCUGCCGUCCUGCUCUUCCGGCAGGCGCUGAAGCUGCUCCUCUCCUACCACGGCUGGAUGUUUGAGCCCCACGGCAAGAUGAGCCGCAGCACCAAGAUCUGGGUGGCGCUGAUGAAGGUGCUGUCUAUCCGCAAACCCCUGCUCUACAGCUUCCAGACCUCUUUGCCCAAGCUCCCCGUGCCCCCCGUGGAGGCCACCAUCACUCGGUACCUGGAGUCGGUGCGCCCGCUCAUGGAUGAUGAGAAGUACAGUAAGAUGGAGGUUCUGGCCAAGGAGUUCAAGGAGAAGACGGCUCCACGGCUGCAGAAGUACCUGAUCCUCAAGUCCUGGUGGACAACCAACUACGAGCCUCAGCGGGACGGCGGGCAUCGCCAGUCCCGCACCCUCACGGCUCCUGGUGCUGGACCCUGGGGCCACCCCUGGGUGGGGGCUGUGGCGUGCGUUGGGGUGGUGGGCUCGGGGGGCUUUGCAGGACGUGGGCUCGAGGGGGCUCGGCGGAUGGUGGUGGAUCUGGGCAUCGCCAGCCCCCCACGCCCUGAUGCCGGCGGUGCCGGCAGGGUGCCCUGGGCCGAGGCUCGAGCCCGGUUCUUCAGCCACGGGAAGAACAAGGCAUCGCUGGACGCCAUCGAGCGGGCAGCCUUCUUCCUGACGCUGGAUGAAGAGGAGCACGGCUACAGCCCGGGCCAGGAGGGCUGCAUGGACGCCUACGCCAAGUCCCUGCUGCAUGGCCAGUGCUACGACCGCUGGUUCGACAAGUCCUUCACCCUGGUGGUCUACAAGAACGGGAAGCUGGGGGCCAACGCCGAGCACUCCUGGGCCGACGCGCCCAUCAUCGGGCACCUCUGGGAGGGCACCCCCAAGCUGGGCAUCCCCCUCCUAGGGGCAGUGGGGUCCCAGGGGCUGCCCGGGGGAGCUGGGACAAGCUGGGCCUCUCCGCAGGACAAGGGCUGCUUCUGUCUCACCUACGAGGCCUCCAUGACGCGGCUGUUCCGCGAGGGCCGGACGGAGACAGUGAGGUCCUGCACCGCCGAAUCCACCGCCUUCGUGCGCAGCAUGGGGGACGCCCGGCAGACCCGAGCCGAGCGCCAGCGGCUCUUCAAGCUGGCGGCCGACAAGCACCAGCACAUGUACCGCAUGGCCAUGACCGGGGCCGGCAUCGACCGGCACCUCUUCUGCCUCUACGUGGUGUCCCGCUACCUGGGGGUGGAGUCCCCCUUCCUGGCCCAGGUGCUGUCGGAGCCCUGGCGCCUCUCCACCAGCCAGACGCCGCAGCAGCAGCUGAAGCUGUGCGACCUGAACAAGCACCCCGACCACGUCUCCACCGGCGGCGGCUUUGGCCCCGUGGCAGAUGACGGCUACGGUGUCUCCUACAUCAUCGCGGGCGAGAACCUCAUCAACUUCCACGUCUCCAGCAAGUUCUCCAGCUCCGAGACGGACUCGAAGCGCUUUGGGAGGAACAUCCGCCAGGCCAUGCUGGACAUCGCCGAGCUCUUCGACAAGCCGGCCGAGAAGGCGAGGAAGUGA